AUGUUAAUUUGUUGGAGAAAAGUUAAACCAGUUUGGUUUUCUAAAAUUGCGUUAAUUAUUGCUAUUUUGGGAUUUCCUCCAGUAUAUAUAGCAUCUGUAUAUUACGAGCAUGUAAAUGGUUUAUUCCCAUUAAUUAGUUCAUUUGGCGUAUUUCCACCAGAAAAACAUUGGUUUCGAGUGCUGAUGAUUAGCUAUGCUCUAUUCAAUAUGGCGGGAAACUGUUUUUGGUUCAUGAUAGCUAGACGUAAAAUUGUAAUUAUGACCAAAUCUCUUAUUCCUCAUCUAAUCAACUCAUUUAUCAGACUAUUAAUGAUCAUUUCUGGAUUGUGUUUAAUCGGUCUAUCGAUUUUCGAUAUGGAAAACUAUGGAGGAAUACAUUUUCUGAUGACAGUUGGGAACUUUAUAUGUCAUGGUAUGUCAAUUUUGUUGGGAUGUUACCUAAUGGCUAAAUAUUUUGAGAAACCUCUCUGGUUUUGCUAUUUUCGACUUACACUUAUUGUGAAAAUGCUGAUCAGUACAAUAUCAUAUGUUUAUUUCAACGUAAUUGGGCUUCCCUUAUUGAGUACAUUGAAUGUUUAUCGAAUGAAACCAACUGAUGGUGGCUACUGGGAAUUCCUUUAUUGUGCAAUUGCUGAGUGGAUACUGGUUCUUGCGUGUCUUCUAUUCACUCUAGUUAUUGCUCUGGAAACACAAACAUAUGAAGACGUUUUAGCACGGAAUAAAACCAGAAAUAUUACCACAAUACAACUUAUGAAACAAGUUUAA